GUGGCUUCUGGAUGAUUCUAAGUCCUGGUGGUGAGUUCAAAAUUCCAUGGAUAAAACGGGUUUUGUGCCUUCUAACUACGUGGAAAGGAAAAACAGUGCUCGGAAAGCAUCGAUUGUAAAAAACCUAAAGGAUACGUUAGGCAUUGGAAAAGUGAAAAGAAAACCUAGUGUGCCAGAUUCUGCAUCUCCUGCUGAUGAUAGCUUUGUUGACCCAGGGGAACGUCUGCAUGACCUCAACAUGCCUGCUUAUGUAAAAUUUAACUACAUGGCAGAGAGAGAGGAUGAAUCGUCAUUGAUAAAAGGGACAAAGGUGAUCGUCAUGGAGAAAUGCAGUGAUGGGUGGUGGCGAGGUAGCUACAAUGGACAUGUUGGAUGGUUCCCUUCAAACUAUGUGACUGAGGAAGGCGACAGUCCUUUGGGUGACCAUGUGGGUUCUUUGUCAGAGAAAUUAGCAACAGUCAGUAACCUAAAUACUGGGCAAGUGUUACAUGUGGUACAGGCUCUUUACCCAUUCAGCUCGUCCAAUGAUGAAAAACUUAAUUUUGAGAAAGGCGAUGUAAUGGAUGUUAUUGAAAAACCUGAAAAUGACCCUGAGUGGUGGAAAUGCAGGAAGAUCAAUGGAAUGAUUGGUCUGGUGCCGAAAAACUAUGUUACCAUUAUGCAGAAUAAUCCAUUAACCUCAGGUUUGGAACCAUCGCCUCCACAGUGUGAUUACAUUAGGCUUUCACUCACUGGAAAGUUUGCUGGCAAUCCAUUGUAUUAUGGGAAAGUCACCAGGCACCAAGCAGAAAUGGCAUUAAAUGAAAGAGGGCAUGAAGUUGAUUUCCUCCUUCGUGAUAGUGAAUCUUCGCCAAAUGAUUUUUCAGUAUCACUAAAAGCACAGGGGAAAAACAAGCAUUUUAAAGUCCAACUAAAAGAGUUUGUCUACUGCAUUGGGCAGCGUAAAUUCAGCACCAUGGAAGAACUUGUAGAACAUUACAAAAAGGCACCAAUUUUUACACGUGAACAAGGAGAAAAAUUAUAUCUUAUCAAGCAUUUAUCAUGA